UGUUUAAGAAGACUGGUGAUUGUUCGAGGCCGAAUUGUUCUUUUGCUCAUGGAAAUGCUGAGCUUCGUCGUCCUGGAGAAUCUUCAUUCACUGAAAGAUAGCAACUCUCAGGCUUAGUAUUGUUUUUAUCUGGGAGUGGAAUCUACUGGUCUUUCGGGCUGAAAUUUAUAUUGGUUUUCUUAUUGGAGUGGAAUCUGCUGGGUUUUUUUUGUGGUGAAAAUUAUAUUGAUUUUCUUAUUGCUCUUGAAACCACAUUCUUUUUGAAGAUAAUCUAUAAUGGAGUCUGCUGGUUUUCUUAUUCUUCCACAACCAUGGUUCUCAGACUCCAAGAUUUGGUGGCAAGCAAUGCUUGUUAUUAGGAUUUAUCAAUGCCUGUUGUUAUGACUUUUGGCAUUUUCAUGCUGCCAGUUAUGUGUAUGGAGCACGUGGUAUUUCCAUGAUUGUUAUAUCUUCAGUGGUCUUUCAAGCGGUUUCUUGGAUCAAGAAAUAUGCAGUAUAUGGGGGUUUGAUUCGUUAGAAGGAAUUGAACAUCAAAUUUUGGUGGAUUUUGAUUGUGUAAUUAAAUGGAUCUUCAAGAUUGGUCUUAUUUUCUCUCGUCCAAUAUAAUCUGAAGCAUUCUCAAGAAUCUCAACCUAUUAUUUAUCGAUGAAAUACAGUGACUUCUGCUAAUUUAGUGCCCAAAUGUGGUUUUUCUCCUUCUGCUGGUAAGAAGAGGACAUUAUUUUGUGGUCUCUUUGAACUGGCAAGUAAGCACCAUUACGUUUUUCUUUAUGUUACUUGUAGUUUUCUGUGAUCUUAUCCAAGUGUUGUUGACUGGCAUGAUUCUGAUUGUUUGAAAUGGAGUUCACAUCUGUACCACAAGUAUGCUUUACUGCAAAGUCUGUUUCGUCUACUGCAGGCAGACGUCACAAUAUGGAUAGUGACUUAAGAGAUAGACUUGGUAGACAGUUUUCUCCAGAGCGGAGACCAUCUUUAGACAGAAGUGGAAGACGGGUACAAAGGUUUAGUGGACAUGACAAUCCUAGGCCAUUUGAGAACCGAAGAGAUAACGAGUACAGGGAGAACCGUAGAUUUGAUGAACGACGUAAUUAUGCUGGUGGUUUGAAAGCUGGGAAUAGAAUUGAAGACAGGGCAGAAGAUGGAAGAAAUAAGUUUCAGGGUUACAAUAAUGUUCUGGAGGAGCAGUUAAAAGACGUAGAGAUGGAUGUUAAGAUGCUUACUGAUGACAAACAACGAUUGGAGGCUUCCGUUGAAAGGAAGGCACACGAAGUAGACAUUCUAAGCUCUAGGAUCCAUGAGCUUGAGACUCAGUUGGAUAGAGAGAAAGAGGAAUGUAGGAGGAUUACUUCAAACACAAAGAAAUUUGUGAAAGAAUACAACCGUUUCUUGCGGGCACAAGAUGAUCUAAAGAGGUCAGAAGCCCGUCUUCAGAAAUUGGGAAACCAACUUAGUACAUAUCUUGCUGGAAGUGAAGGAAAUAAUAGGGAUGCAGGCGUGGAUAUUGUGAGUGAUGAAGAAAAUAAUGGUCGGAAUUUGAGAGCUGCUUGUGAUCCACAGAAUGAGUUGCAGAAUACUUCUUCACUGUCCAGGAAAAAGCAUUAUGUGGAUCAAUAUACUACGAAAGAACCUGUUGAAGAUGGCUUGAUAGGAAGAGGUGAAGAAGAGAAGGUGGAGAAGGAGAAGAAGAGACCUUGUUGGAAUAUGGUUUCUUCAAAAUCAUAUUCUGAAGAAGAAAGUGGAGCCUGGAACGAUGAAGACACAAUUAACAAGUCCUCGUCAAAGGAAGACAACUGGAAAAGAAGAAGGAUCUCUAUUGGCACCUCAUCUACUGAUAAGGUAAUAUCGUCUACGAGCAUGGCAGCUCGAGAAUUUGAUGAUGAUGCAGAAUCUGAGGAAGAGAAUCCCGAAGCAGCCAAAGGCUCUCCUCUCAUAUCUCUUCCUCCACCCCCACCUUUCAGAGAUGCCCAUGUUCAGGGAGACGAGGAUGAUGUAAGCGUUGAUGUGAUGGAACAGAAGAAAGCCAAUGACGAUGAUUCCGUCUGAUCAUAAUAACCGCAAAACUUUGAACACUAAAAAAAUAGCCUGUUUGUUAGGUGCAAUAUUAACAAUGAUUAGAAUCGGUACAUGCUUUUGUUCAUCAUCUUUAGAUAUAUAUUGAAAAAGAACUAAAGCUUGAUCUUCAAA